CUCUUCUAGUCCUAAUGGUCCAUAGUCAAUGACUACCUUUCACAGAGGCCAACUUUUCAAACCCAGAGAAAUUGGCAUAAGCAUACUUAUUAUCAGUGUAUAAUAAGUUUUUAGCUCUUCCAUCUUCUCUGCCUAAUUUAUGUGCUAAUUUUUUGGGGUAUAAAAAUAUUUAGUCUCAGAAUAUCAAUGCAAGCCAUGAAAAGCCUUUUUGUGUGCUCCUUCUUGUUCUCUUUCCUAAGUGUCUCAACUACAACCACACCAGACACAAUCACUCCAAGUCGAUCUAUGAGAGACGGUGAAACUCUAGUUUCAGCAGGUGGAAGCUUUCAACUGGGAUUCUUUAGGCCUGGUACAUCAAAAGGUCGAUACUUAGGAAUAUGGUACUCUGUUCAUACUGAGACAGUUGUAUGGGUAGCUAACAGAGAAAGACCACUUGGCGAUUCUUCAGGAGUUUUGAAGGUCACUGAGCAAGGAGUUCUAGUCCUUCUCAAUAGCACAAACACGAUUGUAUGGUCAUCAAAUUCAUCAACAACUGCAGGGAAUCCAGUAUCACAACUCAUGGAUUCAGGAAAUCUUGUUUUGAAAGAUGGAAAUGAAACUAACCCUGAUAAAUUCUUGUGGCAGAGUUUUGAUUAUCCUUGUGACACAUUCCUACCAGAAAUGAAGCUUGGUUGGGACUUGGUUACUGGUUUAGAGAGGUACCUCUCGUCUUGGAGGAGCACAGACGAUCCUGCUCCAGGAGAGUUUUCAUCACGGAUGGAUCGUCAUGGUUUCCCACAAGUUGUUACUAUGAAAGGAGCUAAGAUAAUGUCUAGACCAGGGUCAUGGAAUGGCCUUCAUUUUACAGGAUAUCCAUAUCAUCCACAAACACAAUCAAACCCAGCAUUGGAGUAUGAAAUUGUGUUGAACAAGGAUGAGGCCUAUUAUGAGUACAGGCUUCUAAACACGUCCAUGUUCUCGAGAUAUGUGUUGAAUCCAUCAGGCACUGCACAGCAAUUCACAUGGGUGUACCAAACACAUAGGUGGGAACUUUCCUCUGCAGUCCAAGCAGAUAAGUGUCAGAAUUAUGCCUUGUGUGGUGCAUAUACUACUUGCAGGGUCAACGUCUCUCCCAAAUGUGCAUGCUUGAAGGGAUUUGUACCAAAAUCUCCAAAAGAUUGGAAUUCAGGAUAUUGGUCUGAUGGGUGUGUUAGAAAGAUUCCAUUGGCUUGCAGCUCUGGAGAUGGCUUCCUAAAUUACACUGGGGUUAAAUUGCCAGACACAUCUUCCUCAUGGUAUAACAAAAGCAUGAGCCUCAAGGAAUGCAAUGGAUUAUGUUUGAACAACUGCUCAUGUACGGCAUAUGCAAAUUUAGAUAUCAGGGAGGGAGGAACUGGCUGUUUGCUUUGGUUUGGUAACCUCACUGACAUGACACAAUUCACUUCCGGUGGUGGUGGUGGUCAAGACCUCUAUGUACGGAUGGCAGCUUCAGAACUUGAUCAUAUUGAGGAAAAGAGCAAGUUCAACAAGAAAAAGCUACCUGGAAUUCUCAUCAGCUCUGCAGUUUUUCUCGUGGUAACGUUACUAAUUGGAUUGAUAUUGUAUAUACGGAACAAGAAACUCAGAAAUCAUGGUUAG